AUGGGUGCUCAUCAUUCCAUCGCAUCGAUGCUGCAAGCACAAAUUCCAGGAAUUUUCAUUCUGAAAUGCAUUUGCCAUUCCUUCCAUCUCUGUGCCUCCUACGCGUGCAAAACACUACCGAGAGGAGUGGAGGAUCUGGCCCGCGAUGUGUACAACUACUUUUUGUCUCCCAAGCAGACGUCUGCAUACCAGGAGGUCCAAAGGCUCGCAGAGGUGAAGCCACAUAAGCUACUGCACCCGAGCCAAACCAGGUGGCUGUCCCUCCAAGUUGUUAUUACCCGCCUACUUGAGCAGAUGCCAGCCUUGAUUUCAUUUUUCAAAAAAGCAGCCACUGAGGACCACGUGCUUGCCGCAGAAGCCAUUCUCGAGAAGCUUAGCAACCCGUCGACUAAGCUUUACCUCGAGUUUCUUGAGUACGUGCUGCCUUUUUUUACAAACCUAAACAAAGAAAUGCAGUCCGAGGAAACCAGAAUCCACUUGCUGCACGAAAAGGUUUCGGGCACGCUAAAUUGCAUACUCGAAUGCUACAUCAAGCGGGACUACUUGGAGGCCACGCCGUUGUCCGAUGUGCAGUACAAAGACCCCGCCAAGUUCCUGCUACUAGAGGAAAUAUAUCUCGGAGCAAAGCCAACUGCAGCGCUAUCCGGUGGCACACACGGCCUAAACGAAGACCAGAUUCACAACUUUAGGCUGCAGUGCUUAGAGUUUUCAUCGAAGCCGCUCGUCAGAUAUACUUGCGGUUCCCCCUGA